CUCUCCUCUUUCUACCGGCCCUUCUCUUUCGCAUUGCAACAACAAUGCAUGUUGAUUGUCUCUGCACAAUGCAAACGAGUUUGCUGCCUCGAAUUUCACUUUUGUUGCACUUUCAUUGUUAUCGAUAACAAAGCCAGCCAGCCACUCGCACGCACGCACAUCCACACAUCCAAACACCCACAACCACAGCAGAGCAAAUAAUAAAUAGAGCGCAUUAUUUAAACAGCCGAACGAAAUGUUUUAUACAAUAAAUAACACCUUUAUACAAAGUGUAACGACCAAGCGAUAAAAGAGAAUACACGAUACAAUAAAAAUAGCAACGAAAACUGACAAUCGACGACGUUGCGCCGCCAAAGUGCAACGAUAAAAAAAAAUAAUAAUAAAUAAAAUAUAUGCAAUAUAUACAAACAACACCAAACUGCAAGCAUUGUUAAUGGUUACCGUUUUACAACUACAUCAAGGGCAACAACAACAAACAAACAAACAAAAUGAUUAAAUUAAAAUCGUUAUUUCGCAGAGGACAAGGAAACUCGAGUUCCGCCUCCUCGAACGCAUCGCACAAGCAACAACAACAGCAUUCCAACAACAAUCGCCAGAAGUCACAAUCGAGCACAUCUCUCAAUACGGCGCAUGAGCAGCAGCAACAACAACAACAACAGCAGCAGCAGCAGCAACAACAACACCACAACAACGCUACAACAACAAAAUUCUAUUCAAAUCACGACGCAACGUACGAACGUGGCGUUGAUGUGGGCGAUGAGGAUGCGUUGCCGCUGACGACAGCAACACAAGCCGCACUUCAACAGCAACAACAACAACAACAGCUGAGCAAUACAUUGCCACAAAAGAAAUCCAAAUUGAAGGGACAAAAGCAGCCAAAACAAUUGCCAGCACCCCAGCAGCCCCCCCACCAUCAAGUUCAGCAGCAAGCUCAGGCAGUGUCUAGCAAUGCGCCUGCGCCGGCGCAGCAACAACACCAGCAGCAGCAGCUACACCAACACCAGCAAGAACAACAACUGAUGACAUCCAUCGUGCCACAUCCGGCAACAGCCGCAGCCACUAGCAAUAACAACAGCGCCUUGUCCGCCCUACAGGAUGGUGGCGUUGUUGCUGCUGCAGGUGGCGGUGUUGCCGGCCCCAAGGACUAUUAUCAGCAAUUAGGCACAACUACAACAACAAAUGCGGCGAACAGCGCAGCAGCCGCUGCAGCAUUUCCGGCAGCAGCAGCCGCCGUUGCUGUCGCAGCCGUUGCAGCGAGCAACUAUCAGCAACAGCAGCAGCAACAACAACAACAACAGCAGCAGCUUAUCAACAACGAACAACAACAACAGCAACUAUUAGAGGCUAACAUCAAGAUUCAAGAAUUGAACCUUCAGCUGGAUCGCUUGGGUCGCGAGCAACUACAAAUGGAGGCGCGCAUCGCAGAGCUGUUGCCAUACCAAAGCGAGGUGGCCAAACUGAAGGAAAAUUUGGUCAAAAUGCAGAAUCUACAGGAGAAAACACAAAUGGAAAUCGGCAAUCUGAAAUAUGAAAACGAAUCUUUGCGCAAUCGUUUGCGCGACGUCGUCAACUCGCCAUUGUCGGAUGCGGAAAAGCAUCAGCUUAUUCAAGAUUCGCAACGUUUGCACAGCUCGGCGCCCGCUUCCAUAGCACUGCCCAAUACAAACGAAGGGACCCAUGAUGGCACGCCUUGCAUUACGCCCGAUUGGGAUAAGCAUUCGUCGUCGAGCGAGAUCUCAGUAGCUUGCCUGCAGGACAAGAUAAUACAGAUGGAGGAGACCCAUUACUCCACCAACGAAGAGCUGCAGGCCACACUCCAGGAGUUGGCCGAUCUGCAGACGCAGCUGAGCGAUACGCAGACCGAGAACGAGCGUCUCGCCGAGGAGAAAGAUGUGCUCUUUCAGUCGCUCUGCCGCCAAACCGAGAAACUCAACGAGUCACGCACACAGAUAAGUACGCUGCAGGAGCUGCUGUUGCGUGACACAAAGCAAGCGGCCGAGGUGUGCACAUCGGAGCGGGAGAAGAAGCUCCUGGACCUCAUCAAAACGUCGCAGGAGGAGCGCGAAGCGGUGCUGGUUAAGCAGGAGGAACUCAAUGCGGAAUUGUCGGAGCUGCGACAAACGCGAGAUGCGGCACGCGAGGAGCAGCAACGCCUGCGUGAACGCAACGCCCUCCUCGACUCACAACUAGAUGCCGCCAAUGCGGAGCGCAAGCAAACCGAAGCGCUGCUCUCGCAGGCCAAAGAGGAGAUCUCACAGCGCGCCAUUGAGAUAAGCCGACUAAGUACGCUGCUCGAGAAUGCGCGCUCCAAAAUCGAAGAGCUGGAGGCGGAUUUGGCGCGCGGCGACAAAGCCGAUCUGAGCGAUGUGCUUGAUGCAGCGCGUCGCGAAAAGGAUGCGCUGGAGGAGCGUGCUGCCGAGCUGCAGGAUCAGUGCUCGCGCAGUCAGGCAGAGCUGCGACGUUUGCGCGAUCAGAAUGCCGGACUGAGCGAGGAGUGCAAAGUGGCCAAAAACAAUGCCAAGUGCGCGCUCUCACAUCUCGAGUAUCGUCUGGAGCAGCUGCAGGCCGAAAAGGAUAAAUUGGCCGGCGAUUGCCAGACGCUGGAGGAGCGUAUGGCUGAACUGCAGGUGCAGUGUAAAUGCCAUCAGGAGGACAAGGCACAGCUGCAGACGUUGCUAAGCGAGACGCAGCGACAUCUAAGCGAUGUCCAACUCCAGUUAAGCGACUCCGAAUCACAACUGGAGAAGGAGACGCAACUGCGACGACUAGAGGCUGAGGAAUGGCAACAGUUCCAAGCGGAUCUGCUGAUGACCGUGCGUGUUGCAAACGAUUUUAAGACUGAGGCGUUGAGUGCGCGCGAGCAGCUGGUGCUCGACAACAAGACGCAAAAAGAGAAGAUACGGCUGCUAGAACAGCAGCUGGAGAAGCUAACCAAGCAGCAACUGCAACAAGCGGAGACGCAGCAAUCGGUGUUGUCGACUGUGCAACAGGAGGUAGCAUCAAGGCGCAGCAAGCUGAACUUUAAUCGACAAGACUCGCGACUGUCCGUUAAGACGCUUAUUGAGAGCAUAGAGAACAAUAAGUCGCAGGGUAAAUCAGACGACAACGAGUCGCAUUACAGCUCCACUUCGAGUCUAAACAGUGGUACGCCGGAAACUGGACAUACGCCCAUAAUAUUGCCCGGAUCCAGUGACUGGCAUGAGAGCUUGGGGUUGCCUGUGUUGCAGAGCAGCAAUCUGCAUAUCAACAUCAACAAUACAGGCACAACAACAACAGCAGCUACAACACCAACAACAACAGCAUCAGCAACAGCUAAUACAACCAAAGUCCCAUUUCCGCUGCGAGAGCAGCAACAACAGCAACAAACACAACAGCAACAGCAGCAGUCAUCAGCGCACCAGCAGCAACAAACGCCACCCACACCAACCACACCUGGCACACAACAACCACCCAGUCUGACGCCAGUGCAGACGCCAAACAACGCGCUGGUGGGCAGCCUAAGCUUCGGCAAUGUCUCAAAGUCCAUAAUGAGUGGUGAGCGCAAUAACCCGCUGAAUAUGCUGGCGAAAAAUGGCGGUUCAAAGCGGAAUGCACUGCUCAAGUGGUGCCAGAACAAGACCGUCGGCUAUCGCAAUAUUGAUAUAACGAACUUUAGUUCGUCGUGGAACGAUGGUUUGGCAUUCUGUGCGAUUUUACAUUCCUAUUUGCCGGAUCGCAUACCUUACGACACCUUAACGCCGGCCAACAAGCGUCGGAAUUUCUCGUUGGCUUUCGCCGCUGCUGAAUCUGUGGGCAUAGGCACUACCCUGAAUAUCAACGAUAUGUGUAAAUUGGAGAGACCCGACUGGAUGCAAGUCAUGUCCUAUGUAACCGCUAUUUAUAAGUACUUUGAAACGUGAAUGCCCUCCUCUCUUAUUUUCCGAUGUAUAUUCUAAUGCGGAGCGUUCUACUUGUAUUAUUAACUAAAAACAAACAAAAAGCUGUAUGCGAGGACGAAAGUCCUGGCAGGUAUUUAUUACCAUUUAUUUACAUAUAGUAUGUACUACAAUAUCUAUUGUGAGCGGACGUCUCAUCCAAUCAGAGACUGAGCCUAAAAUGCAGUUAGACAUACUAACUUUUUACCACACAACACACAAACAGCAACAACUACUCUUUGUUGUUGUUCUUUAAUUCUCUUCUAUGCUAUCCAUAAUUAUAAAUAAUGUUGUAAUAUUUUAAUGCCAAUUAUUUCUGCCGCGCUUUGUUAACGUCUAUAUAUGUCUAUAUGUGUAGUUUUUGAAUCGAAGGUCGAGCCAAGUUUUUAUCAACACUACUACAAAUCAAAUCAAAUUUUUUAUGCUGUUUUCAAAGUUUAUUUUAUAUAUAUAUAUAUAUAAAUAAAUAUAACCUAUGGGUAACGAAAUACGUAGACAUAGCGCAAACGAAAAGGGCCGAUUAGCUUUAGCAUAUUUAUUAUAAAAACAACAAAAAAUCAUUAAUUAAACCCUAUGAAUAACAAAAAACUGUAUUUUAAUAUUUCCAUUAUUUAAAGCGAACAUGCAAAUAAAGAAACGAACAAAUGA